AUGAACUGGUUGGUGAUUUUUAGUCUUCUUGGUCUGUCAGGUGUUAAUGCUCUGCCGACCACACCACCAACCACAACAAUUCUCACAACUACAGCAGAAUGUCAAUGGCAAGAUAAUAAAGUAGAGCAAUGUAGAGUUUACACGUGUGAAAAUGGUCGCUGGUUAGGGUUUGAAUUUACUGCCACCAAAACCUGUUGUUAUACACGGCCCGAUCAUCCUAAAUGUAUAAUGUUUUUCCCUGAAUUAUUUGAAACAACGACACCACCAACUACCACCUUUCCUACCACAACGACUGAAUGUACAAACAGUGGUAAAGUAGAAAACUGUAUGUCGUAUUGGUGUUCUAAUGGUCGAUAUCAACCGUUCGAGUUUACAGCCACACAUUCAUGUUGUCAAACCAAACCAUUUCAUCCUCGAUGCAUCAUGAUGUUCCCAGAGCUAUCUGGUACAGCUCGCCCUUGA